UUUACCCCAAUUUCCUUCAGGAAGAGGAGGCGGAAUGGUAAUGAAGAUGAUAGUCACAUUCCUCAGACAAAACGUAGCAGCAGGAAUACUGUCCUUCAGGACUCCUGGGACACUGAGAAGGUGGCUGUAACGAAAAACAGUAAGGAGCACAGACUAAAAGGAAGCAGAGUGUCCUGUGCGUCCUCCAGCAGCGAUAGCGGCAGCAGCAGCAGCAGUUGUAGUAGCAGUAGCAUCAACAGCCCUGACAGAGCGAGCGGUCCCGACAGCAGCUUCACGCCGGGCAUUGCAGGAUCCAGCCCCGUCGCCUCCCAGCCCUUUCCCGAGCAGUCUGCACUAAGCCAAGGUCCGUACUUCCACAUCAACCAGAUCCUGAAGGAGGCACACUUCCACAGCCUACAGAGCCGCGGCCGCCCGCCCACAUGAUGAACCAGCAGUUCCUUGCCUUCUGUGAAGGGACAGCACUGUGUAGAUUUGAUAUUUCAACUUAAAAGUUUGUUAAAAUGGAAUUGCACAAAACGCCUGUUGCCUUUUCAGUCUAUAUUUGAGAGAACAGGUUAACAGGAAAUUGUUUACUUGUGGUUUGCUGCACUAUUGCAAUGCAAAGGGGGCUUUGAAGCAAUUUUUAUAGGAUUCUUUUUGGGGUGGUCAUAAAGAAGGUGUCAAGGUGAGACCGAGGAAUCCACAUCUGUAUUAUAGGAUUGCAUAAUUAGUCCAAUUCCAACUGACUGCCUAAUCUGUUUGUUAGCAAUUCGUUGCUUUAUGUAAAGUUCUUUCAAACAUUCAUCUUCAGUUUUAUAAGUAUUUUUUAAUUUCAAUAAAAUAGUAAAACAAUUCUUUGGCAAAAUAACUUUUUUAAAGGCAUGAUGCUAGUUAACUGAGCAUUUGACUCGUUUUAGCUCUAAACAGCUGCAACUUUCCCCUAAGCCUAGUGUGUGAAGAGCCAUAUCUUGCUUGAUCUUUACUACUAUUCAAAAGAAAAUGUGAAAUUAGAGCCAGGAAAACUUAGGCACUUGUAGCCAAAAUAUCAGAGGCCCCUUGGCAUCCUUUACCUAGCAGAGGUGUUAUCUCUUGAGGGAAGCAGAGAUUAGCCUGGAGAGGGGCCUUUGAACAGGGAACAAGUAGACUGUGUAGCUUACACGCCAGUUUCUAACUGUGAAAUGUUUUCUAUUAAGUUGUUUACUAAUUUUCUUUAAUUUGAGUUUAAGGUUAACAACUCCUAAGGAAUAAGAAGUGAAAGAGCAGACAGUGUUUCAGGAGCCUGAUUACAAAGACCAUCCUGCCUGAUGCCUGUUUUAAGUAGCGAGCUGUGACCUUGCUAAGGAUGUAACAGUAGAAGUGCUACCGCACCCUGGUGAGACGAGUUGAAGAUGAACGUAGACAAAUGUGA